AUGUUCAAACGUUUUGUAAAUAAUCAGGCCCUACUCAAUGGUCUGAAGCACAUUAAACGAUCCGACAAUAAUGAACAACAACAAAUUGUUGUUGCCGGAAACCAAACAACUGGUCUUAUUGUGCCAAUAGGUGCAACAUCAAACAAAAUUGGUAUUGAAUUGCAAGAGUUUUGCAACACACUAGUGCCAACAGAUUCGGCAAUAUUCAAAAUUGCUAAACAGAUUUGUGCAGAACAGGGAAAUAGAAUCAAGGAAAUUGCUCACGAAGUGUUGAAAGAUUCCGGUUUAGGUACUAAUAUCAACAACAGUAAUAUCAAUAGUAGUAACACUAAGAAUAGUAGUAAUGUCAAAAUAUCGUCUACUCCUUCUUUAACUCACAAUAGUCAGCCUACUGUCAUCAUCUCCGAACAACAAGUUGAAACCAAAACUCCCACACAACCAAUUGUAAAAAAGCAUGGCAAAUUCUAUGGAACCAACAAAAUAUUCCUAUUAGAUGAAGAAGAAAUUGUAAAUAUUAGCAGUAUUCCAACCUCAAACACCACUCCUAUCAUUGGUAACUUUGAAACAAAUGAUGGUGACAUACAUUCUACCCAAUCUUCGCAAUCUUUGAAUCUGGACAUUGUAAAACGACUUCUCUCGGAUAUAUUUGGUAAAUUGAAAUACUUGGCAAUGGUACUUUUGAAUAGUUUGUUUGGAAAUAGACAAAAUGUUCAACCUGAUGCAGCAACAACGCAAGUAGCUGCACAAUCAUUGGUGUUGGUGAUAUCAUUCAUGAUUUACAAUAUUGUAGCAGAAAGUUCUUCUGCCGAUUUGCAUCAAGAUAUCUUACUUGUUUUCCAAGAGUACCUGUCCAAUCACUUGAACAAUUAA